GAAGUAUAAACUGUCUGGUACACUCAAACAACAUAUGAGAAUCCACACUGGAGAGAAGCCAUUUGAAUGUGACCAGUGUGGGAAGAAAUUUACAUGGUCUGUUGCACUCAAACGACAUAUGAGAAUUCACACAGGAGAGAGGCCAUUUGAGUGUGGCCAGUGUGGGAAGAAAUUUAAACUGUCUGGUGCACUCAAAGUACACAUGACAAUCCACACAGAUGAGAGGCCAUUUGAGUGUGGCCAGUGUGGGAAGACAUUUAAAGAGUCUGUUGUACUUAAACAACAUAUGAGAAUUCACACAGGAGAGAAGCCAUUUGAAUGUGACCAGUGUGGGAAGGACUUUACUCAUUCUGAGUCACUCAGACUGCAUGUGAGAAUCCACACAGGAGAAGGCCUAUACAGCUGUGACCAGUGUGGGAAGGAAUUUACUCGUCCUCAUUCACUCAAAGAACAUAUGAGAAUUCACACAGGAGAGAGGCCAUUUGAAUGUGACCUGUGUGGGAAGACAUUUAAACAGUCUAGUGCACAUAAACAGCACAUGUGGAUCCACACAGGAGUGAAGCCAUUUAAAUGUGACCAGUGUAAUAAGACAUUUAAGCAGUCUCGUUCACUCAAAGUACACAUGAAAAUCCACACAGGAGAGAAGUCAUUUGAAUGUGACCAGUGUGGGAAUACAUUUACACAUUCUGGUUCACUCAAAAAGCAUAUGCGAAUCCACACAGGAGAGAGGCCAUUUGAAUGUGACCAGUGUGGGAAGACAUUUACACAGUCUUUUGCACUUGCAGUACAUAUGAGAAUCCACACUGGAGAGAAGCCAUUUCAAUGUGACCAGUGUGGGAAGAAAUUUACACAGUCCAGUAAUCUUAAAGAACAUAUGAGAAUCCACACGGGAGAGAGGCCAUUUGAAUGUGACCAGUGUGGGAAGAAAUUUACAAUGCUUCAAACACUCAAAUUACAUAUGAUUACCCACACAGAUGAGAGGCCAUUUGAAUGUGACCAGUGUGGGAAGACAUUUACACGGUCUGGUUCACUCAAAAAGCAUAUGCGAAUCCACACAGGAGAGAGGCCAUUUGAAUGUGACCAGUGUGGGAAGACUUUUACACGGUCUGGUUCACUCAAAAAGCAUAUGCGAAUCCACACAGGAGAGAGGCCAUUUGAAUGUGACCAGUGUGGGAAGACAUUUAAACUGUCUGGUGCACUUAAACAGCACAUGAGGAUCCACACAGGAGAGAAGCCAUUUGAAUGUGACCAGUGUGGGAACACAUUUAAAAGCUCUAGUCACCUUCAUCGACAUAGAAGAAUCCACAGUGGGGAAAAAUCAUACACAUGUGUCCAAUGUGGGAAAGUGUUUUCUGAUUCAUCCAGUCUGAAUAAACACAUGAGAGUUCACACCUGGCACAGACUAUACGAGUGUGACCAGUGUGAAAAGACUUUCACAACAUCACAGCAGCUCUCCAGUCACUACCGAACGCACACAGGAGACAAACCAUAUGACUCUGACGAGGGGGAAGGCUUUAAGACCUAUGAGGAACCAUCUGAAACAUCUCCAAAUCUUCCAGACGGACACACUAAUGGAGACAGAGCUGCUGAGGCUGGAUCAUGUGAGCCUAAAGUCAGACUCAAAAAGCUCCAGAUCAGACUUCAGAGACUCCAGACUGUGGAGCUCAACUCUGUGUAGAGUCAACAUAUCUUUUUUGGAUUUGGACUUUUACAUUUUUGUAUUAUUAUGGAUCAUUUUGACCUAACCUUCAUAAUACUAUCUGUUAUGUUGUUAUGUCCUUUUGUGUCUGGCGUCAAAGCCGCUUCGAUUAGACCAAACUGGCAAGAUUGUUUUGGUGGUAUAAAUACUCUGUAUUAUUUACAUUUGUCAGGUAAGCGUGGCGUGCAUGCUUACGCAACUCAUCCAAGUCUGGUUCCUCAAGUCCACCCACAUAAGUCUUGUCCAUGGCAGCACCGACCUCUGGGAUCAGGCCUCUACGAAUGGCAUGGCAGAUGUGGAUAUUAAAUGCAUGUUUUUGAACAGGGUCAACGUGGCCUGAUGCUGAUACUCCCUCUCUCAGGGGGGGGGGGGUCUUGAAGGUUAAAUGUUUGACAUGUUCUCAUCAAUCUGGCCAUAAUUGUAGGUAUGAUCUUGAUCUUGUGCUCCUGUGUGGUCCCCUGUCUGUUAAAAGCUAUGCGUCAAAUAGUGAGUUCCCAUUUUGUCCAAAAUCAAUACGACAUUGAGGCUGUUGUGUAUCCACCUGAUCCCAAUUAUGUUUCUAAUUCUGACGAUGACUCGUUUAUUACAGAACUUAUGCUCCAGAUGAGCAGACUUCAACCUCAGUGAGUUCCAUUUCAUGUUCUGGGUGGCGGCUGACGGCGCGGACGCGUCCAGCAACGGCUUGGGCAUGGAGUGGGCUGCUGAGCACUUUGAUUAGACAA